AUGAGUAGAAAACUCAAACUUACCACCGGAGUAGCCGCGCUUUGCGUUGCCUUGUCGGUAGCGGUCAUCGGUGCCGUUGUGGCUGCCGACUGCACUGUGGACGACGUCGUCUGCGCAGAUGCGACUGUUUGCGGUGAUACUGCUGACGAUGGUGGAACUGGAGCAGAGAGCAAUUCUACAGCAGCGGCUGCGGCAACCGUAGCGGCCGCAGUCGCAGCAGCAACUGCAGCGGCUGCAGCAGCUUCCUUCUGA